CUUGGAGAAAGUAUGCACAGCGGUUCGUGUCAAUUACUUACUGUAUCGUUCUUUUCCUUGCUUGAUCGCUGACACUGACAAUUAACGUGUUUUUAUCAACGUUGCCUACCAUGGAAUCAGACCAGGCAUUUGUCCGAACUCCGCACGCUGACAGUACUAGGACUGGACCUGAACUUGAUAUUAUUUAAAGCCAGUCCAGUGGUUCAAUGUUGCACCACGGAUCCCUCGAGUGAACAUUCGCUCUCACUCAACUCCACAUGGUGUUAUUUUUUGUGGCAGGCCUUUUACUGGGGUUGUACGGUCAAGUAAGGGCACAGAACCUUGCAAGUGCGCAGAUAUCCGUGAUCAGUGAGCGACUGGCCCAGGGUGCAGUGCAUAGUUGGGAGUAUGGAGUGCGCGCCGAGGCUCUCCUGGAGCUCAAUGCGCAGACAUACUCCGUCGUUGCGCUUGGCGAAGUGUUCACGAUCGCGCACAACAUCGUCGUCGCCCGAAGCUUGUCCAAUAUCACUGGCCCACAGCCCCUGAUUGCUGAUACGAGUGCAGGAGAUCCAGCAAGUAUUGGAGUUUCCGUGUUACUUGCUAACUGGACAGGACAGGGGGCACUAGACGGACUAGACUAUGCAGGGGCGGCACAGGAUCAACUCCACUACCUAUUCCAAAACGUAUCCAAGACCAAAGAUGGUGCUUUUUCUCACAGAGUGGACCAAUUGCAACUUUGGAGUGAUUCUGUGUACAUGGUUCCUCCGUUUUUGGCGUAUUAUGGUGUCCUGACGCAAAAUCAGACCAUCCUGGGUGAGGCAUACACACAGAUCCGCUUGUACCGAAAAUAUCUUCGAGACACGGCAGCCGGUAAUUUAUGGAAGCAUAUACAACUUGGUCAGGGAGUUGACGAUGGGCACUGGUCGACAGGUAAUGCAUGGGCGGCGGCAGGCAUGAUACGAGUCCUGGGGACUAUUCAACGUUCCUCGUACACGAGUUCAUUUAAGAGUCAACAGAACGACCUUGCACAUUGGGUGCAUGAGAUUCACGGAGCGAUGUAUUCCCACAUUAACUCCAACGGAUUGUUCUACAAUUACGCCGAUAAUAAUACCACGUUCUAUGAUGCCUCAUCAACUGCGUUAUUGGCCAGCACGGUCUAUCGGUUGUCUCUCCUUGGCAAUAUCCACACAUACAUCCCACUCGCUGAACAGGUCCGCAAAGCGCUCUUAGCUUCUGCUGGCACCAUUGUUUCCAUAGCUACUACAUCGACAAUGCCAGCGCCAAGUACAACAUCCACCGCACUUGCCGGAACGGGCACAACCGUAUCUGGCCUGCUCCACUUUACGCCGGAAGGAUGGCUUACACCUGUAGUGAAUCCAUACUCUUAUGGCGUGCAAGGCUCUGACAGCCCAGAGGCACAAGCGUUCAUCCUUGAGCUGCAGGCUGCAUGGCGUGACUGGGUAGCAGACGGGGCACAGGGUGCAAAUAGCGCCCGCGAAGCUCGGCCUCAUGUCUUAAUGAUAGGAGUUAUACUGGUCUUGCCCUGGUUAAUGUUCGUCAUCACCUAGUUAAGGUUUCGUCUAGACCAUUUAUUGCCCAUUUAUCGACACUCGU